ACCUCCCAUCUCAUGAAUAUUUAUUAGGAGGCUUGGGCCGUGUUCGUUUUUUGACAGGUAGCCGUAAACGGAAGCGGAAAUUUCCGCUAGGCUCUGGAAAAGCCUCCCGUCGUCUCUCCCGUUCAUUCUCCCAAAAGGCCAUAAAGGUACUAUAGGGAAAAGCUCAUGGACUGAAGUGCCUGUCAGCGAUUUGAGAAACUCAGUCAACAGCCAUUCCUACAUCCUUUAUUUAGCAGGUCUAGGACAAAACCGGCAUCAUGACUCACUCAAUGCUGCGACGACAAUUGAAAAAUCUUGUUCAGAAUUUCUCCGAGGCAGAGGUCAAGGUUCGAGAAGCGACUUCUAAUGACCCCUGGGGGCCGUCGAGCUCCCAGAUGUCCGACAUCUCGGAUCUAACCUAUAAUGUGGUGGCCUGUAACGAGAUUUUGGCCAUGCUCUGGAAGCGUCUCGGUGAUGACAAGAACUGGAGGCACGUGUACAAGUCUUUAACUCUUCUUGAAUAUCUGUUGAAAACGGGCUCAGACCGUAUCCCCCAGCAAAGUGUGGAGAAUAUGCACAUUAUCAAACCCUUGGCAGAAUACCGCUUCACAGACAAAGAUGGAAAGGACCAGGGGGUGAAUGUGAGAGAAAAGGCUAAGAUAGUGUUGGUGCUGAUCGAGGAUGAGGAAAAGAGGAAAGAGGAGAGAGAUUUUGCCAUGAAGACAAAAGACAAGCUGACAAAGGCUCCCAAUGCAUCCUCUGCUACAGGGCCAGAAAAAGAAAAGCCAGAGAUCCCGCCGUAUACAGGGUUACCCUCCCUAGACAACAUCCCAUCGGUGGCUGACCUGACCGCUGCUAUGGCCAAGAAGAAGGAGGAGCAGAAACGUCUGGAGGCCGAGAGAAAAGAGGCAGAGAGACGGGCUAAGGAGGGUGACACAGAGCCAGAUCUUUGGGAAAAAGCAGCGACAGCAGCGCCUACGUCCAGUUCAGACCCCUGGGGCGCCCCAUCUGACGCAUCCAACGAUUCGGCCUCAGCUACCAACGACCCGUGGGGGGCACCGUCUGAUGAGGCGAAGGAAUCCAAUGAUCCUUGGGGUGGAUCUGCUGAUGGGACAAACGGAUCCGCACCUGCAUCCAAUGAUCCAUGGGGAGAAUCUGGCAGUGCCAAGAACGAUUCCCCGCCUGAUCCUUGGGGAGGAUCUAUGGAUGCGGAGAAAAGCUCUCCACCUGCUGCCGGUGACCCAUGGGGCGACACUGCUGGAUUUUCAGAAGAUAAAUCCCCGUCGACAAAUGACCCGUGGGGGGCCCCAGCUGAAAUGGCUAAAGACUCUGAUGCGGCAACAUCGGAUCCUUGGGGUGCACCUGCCGAUAGUGUGCAGGAAUCGGCACCUGUGACCUCUGACCCCUGGGGGGCGCCGCUAGAAGCGUCAGCAGCUACGUCUGAUCCAUUUGGUGAUGGUUCAAAAGCAGAUAAUGACCCUUGGGGCACAGCAGCAUCUUCACCACCUACUGCAAAUGACCCCUGGGGUGCUCCAUCAGCUCCAACUGAUGCUGUGACAACUGAUGACCCUUUCGGUGAUGGAGGCAAAUCAGAUCCUUGGGGUUCCUCUGAGAAUGGUGACGCUGCUACGAAAUCUGCCGAUGAGACCAAAAAGUCGGCGUCGUUCCUUGGAGAUGGUGCUUCUUUGGUGGACUUGGACUCUCUUAUGUCAGUCAAGCCCAAACCUAAACAGCCCCCCCUCAAUGCCAUCCCCACCCAAAAAGCCCCGGGUAAGGAGGGCUGAGAGAGAAAGAGAGAGACAAUGACAAUAAGAGCAACUGAGAAAGAGAGAGACUGUAUAGUAUCUGUUUAUUUUUGAGUGUUUGUGACUCAGUGUUUUCAUAGUCAUGUGGAACAUAACCUGUACGUAGUCGAUGUAGAUGCCAUCUCACCCUUCUUUAUCCCUGCUUCUAUAUGCUAUCCACUUCCCUUCUCCCUUCCUCCCCGUCACCCUUCAUCCCUUUUUGUUGGCACUUUCAACUGUCAUCCUUCCCAGGACUUUUGCCAGCCGCAGGUAUGACCUGGCCAUUGGGCGGCAACGUGUCCAAUGCGAGUGGUUCAACAGGACAGCCUUCGAACCCAAAUUAUUUUGCUUUUAACUCCAUGCCACCCUGUUCCAGUGGCCCGUCCCCUCUAAACACAGCCUUUGGGGUGCCUGCCGCCCGUAUGGCAUCUCCAACCCAAAACACGAGCCAUUCAGCUUUUACAAUGUCCAGCAUGGGAUUUUCCAUGGCUAACCCUAGAAUGGUACGACCCGGCACUGCAGGCACUCUUAUUGGUGAGUUAUCUCCUAUGUCACUCGCAGGAACGGUUACCCAACAAGCUCCAGUUCUUCAGCGCCCUCCAUUGGUUUGGAGCACUGGCACUGGGGCGGCUGGGAAAGGCAAUAGCAUUUUUUGAGUUCUCCAUUCAGCAUCCAUUAAUUCAAAGCCUUCUCCUUUCCCCAUCCCCUUCAUCAAUCCUAGUUGAUUAUGUGUGUGUGUGUAUAAGUGUGUGCAAAUAUUUAAAUAUUAAUGAGCAACAAUAUACUGUUAAGUAUAUAAAACAAUAUACUUUAUGUUUUGGGGGAAAAAAGCAUGCUUACCCGGCCUUUCCGAUAUGAUGGACUGAGAAAUCGAAGCAGAUGAUGUUUUAAAAUUCAGAAAGGUGUCGUUCUUAAAGGCUUUAGAUAAACUGGAGCAGAUUUUGGAUAUACACUGCUGUUCAAAAGAACGGGUCAGUGUUAUUUAUGUACUAUACUGUAGUUCAGCAAGGAUCCAUUUAAUUGAUUAAGUGACAGUAAAAACUUUUACAUCGAUACAUACGAUUCCAUAUAUAAUAAAUAUUGAUAAAAUACAUGCUGUUGUGUUCAUUAAAGACUUUUUUUCACAAAAAUAUUAAGCAGCACAGCUUUUUUUUAAUAGAGACUUUUAAUUAAGACUUAAUUAAAUAAAUGCAGCCUUGCUGAUCAUAAAAAUGUGAAAAUAUCAGCAGUAGUGUAUAUUUUUUUUGAUAACAUACCUGAAUGAACAUCUAGCAUUAAAGAGUGAACAAUCAGAUGUCUAUUCCCAAACUCAUCUGAGUAACCAAGGAAGCCGGCAAAUAAGAGACACACUUUGGCAUUUAAUUUGUUUAACCUACAUUGAAUAUAUUUGUUUUUGUUGUUGAUGUUGUUUUAUUUGCUUUCUAUUGCAUCACUGUAAAAGUUUCCUUAAGCAUUUUUCUCAACGCACAGAAUUAUGCAUUUUGGAAAAUCGAAAUGUGGCUUGUAGUGAAUAAUACGAAAAAAGACAUUCCAGUCAUAAACAUUUUAAAUGCAUUAGUUAGUUAUGUUAUAUGAAGAGGUAUGGGAUGUAUAAAAAAUGUAAGGGUCCUGAUACUUGACGACCACAUUGCUUUUUACUUACAUGCAUAUUUAUUAAUUGAUUGGUUUGUAUUAUUGAUUGUUUUUACAUGUUUGAAUAUGUUGUUUGGCUUGGAAUGGAUCUGUUUUGUGGACAAUUCGGCUGAAGUCAGCAAGUGGCGAUCAUGCACAAUGUUUGUCGUCAAUUGUUUACUGCAGUAAAUUAAAAAUAAGAGAAGAUUGGUGAAGAGACGUUUGCUGAUCUAAAGGUGAAAAUGGUUUAUUAAGAUGCAUCUUCAUCAGACAUUUAUUUUUAUUAGUGUAGUUUUUAUUUAUUUAUUUAUUUAUUUGUGUAUCUAUUUUUAUUUCUGUCCUGACAGAAUUUAUGUAAUUCUGUCAGAAUUACUAUACCGCUAUUCUGUCAAUGAAGAAGGUAUGGGAAGAUAAGCAAAAUCAACAUAAUUAGAAUCAAAAAUGUAUGAGGAAAGCGUACUUUUCAAUAUUAACCCCAAUUAUAGCUUCAGUUACAGUUUUAUUUUUUAUUACGAAUACAUAUAUUUAUUUAUUUAUUUAGUCAGCUAUGGUAAACCUGUGGUGUUACCUGUGAAAGUGCACAAUUCAAGAAUAAAGUGACAAGAUCAUUGAAAAGUG